GCCCGGCGCUCAUUGUUUGAGUUUCCACAGAAAGCUAGAAUGCCUCCGACCCAACUGCCUGCAUCCAGAGUCGGCACGCACCCACACCUGUACCCGCCCAUGAAUCAAGUCCCGUGAAAGAAAAUGGACCGCCGUUGGGACGUAGCAGGGGCAGCCAGCCUUACUGCCCUCUUCACAACGGUGAUGAUGAUGAACUCUGGGUUUUUUUACGUCUCCUUCAUUGAAGAAUUUGGCGUCACAAGAGAGGCAGCAUCGUGGCCCGCCAGCGUGAUGUCCGUCGUGUCCCACUCGUCAGGCUUGUUGGUGUCAUGCCUGCAGCGGCACCUGUCUGUCUUCCAACUAGGUCUGGUUGGAAGCGUAUUCCUGUGGGCAGGAAUCCUCGCAGCUGUCUUCGCUCCCAACAUGGCCUGGAUGACCGUGACGCUGGGAGUCAUUCAUGGCUUGGGCGUGGGCGUCGUCUGCGUGACCCUGAUCAUCGUUGUCAUGAUGUAUUUUGACAAAUACCGCGGCGUAGCCAGCGGCAUCAAGUUUGCUGGAUACUCGAUGGCAUCGUUGCUGUUUCCCACGAUACUCACGUCGCUGAGAGAUGCAUACUGGCUUGAGAGGAUGCAUGCUGGUGUACGCGGCGCUCACCAUGAACGUAACAGCCCUGACAUUACUGUUGAAAGAACCUCCGUGGCAAACGAACUCUCGGAAUCAUGUCACACAAACAAAUCAACAAAUCAAUGUACUCGACAGGAACCUUAUCUUCCUUCUUCGUUUAUUGGACAGAUCCGUAACCUAGUAAUAAAGCCCAAAUUCUACGCUUGCGUGUUGGCAAUUGUGGCUAUUGACUACACAGUGGCAGUAUUUCCAGCAACCAUCGUAGACUAUGCGCUUGACAAGGGAGCUUCCCGAAGCCACGCCGACCUUUCUGUGACUUACUGUUCACCGUCUGAACUCGUUGGUCGUAUUGUGCUUCCACUAAUCGGCGACAGCAGAUAUGUGAGCAGAACAGCGUUGGUGUCCGCGAGUUUCAUUCUGCUUGCAGUGACGAUGCUGGUUCUACCGGCUACUCCUUCGUUCCUUGCUUAUAUUAUCGUCAGUGCUUGCGCUACAAUGCUGCUCGCUUGUUUGGUUGCCAUGAAGCCUGUGGUUGUCGCCGACUACUUUGGAAUCGAAAGCGUCGCCACCGGCUGGGGAUUCGCUGGAGUGACGCUGUUACCUCUACUCUUGUGCAACCCAUAUAUCAUAGGCUACUUCCGAGAUGUAGGAGGAAGCUACGACGGUCUCUACCAGCUUCAAGCUGGUAUACACUGUUUCGUCGGCGGCCUGUUUGGACUACUGUCCGUUUUAGACCGAAGGCGGCAGAAAAAGUGGACGACAACUCGGACAGAUUAAGCGGCUGGCAUUGAUCUGCUGCUCUGUAAAUUACUGUAACUCAUUCUAGUACUUUUAAUUGUAUCUUUUAUUCGAGAACAAUGUUUGCCAUUAAAGCUUCUCAUUGUCGUGCUG